AAAGGAACGAAUACGAAGACUUUUCAGCAACUUCACUGGACACAUUCAUCGACCAACUAUGAGCGACACGGAUAACCUGCAGAAGAUACGAUCAAGACGGUCACAUCGCAAGUCGCGUCUUGGAUGUGGGAAUUGUAAGAAGAGGCGUGUCAAGUGCGACGAGAAGAAACCAACAUGCUCGAAUUGUCUCCAACACUCAAUAGACUGCGAUUUUACCACGCGCUCAGCAUCGGAAUCUCUAACACCCCCCGCGCGACGGUAUCAAUUCCGGCAGUCCAAGUACCAGCAGGUCGCCUCGCCCUCUCCACAGGCGAAUGAACCACCAGCCCAGACCACCUCCACCGCAAUCCAAUGCGACAUCCCUCCCAUCCCCGACAAGGGCGGAAUCUCUCUAGGCGACCUACACCUCUUCCACCACUUCACGACAACGACAUACCGCAGCUUCAGCGAGGAGUCCACCGCCACGCGACGCCUCUGGCAAUCUCUCAUUCCAGCAUGGGGCAUCUCCUUUCCAUCAAUCCUACAUCUCAUCCUCGCCCUCGCAGCGCUACACCUCGCGGCAAUCCACCCAGAUCGUCGCGAAGAGUAUAUAGCGCAGGCAGACCAGCAUUUCACAUUUGGUGUACGCUCCGUGACCUCCGUCCUCGCGCUCGACACACUGGAUAGCGAGAACUGCCAGCUAAUCUACAUGUCCGCCGUGCUCAUCUGCUUUGCGUACUUUGCGCGCGGGCCGCGCGAGGGCGAGUUCCUGGUUUUCAGUGCAGGCGGGAAAUCAGAGUGGCUGGUUCUCCUGCACGGGGUGCGCGCGAUCCUCGCGCAGAAGCAGGACGAGAUCUUCACGGGGGAUUUGGAGCCGCUGGUGAAGGAGCAGCAAGAGAAGAAUAGUCUCUCGACGGCACGACUCGAAGACGAAUUCUCACAACACGCAGCCCGCCUCCACGAAGUCCGCUUCCUCGUCACAACGGAAAUCACCAGGGCAGACUGCGACUUCUACCUCGCGGCCGUCGACGACCUCCUCUGCUGUUUUGAAGACGCGUGUAAAAGCGUCAAAGCCGGCGAGGACGCAACAGAACUCAUGCAGUUUGCCAUGGGCUGGACGUAUCGGCGUCCUGCGGUGAUGAUUGAUCGGCUGGAGGGCCGGGAGCCGGUUGCGUUGGUUAUCUUGGCGCAUUGGGCGAUUCUGCUGCGGUAUAUGCGCGGUGUUUGGUUUAUGGAAGGGUGGGAUGCGCAUAUUGUGUCGGGGAUCCGAGAGUGUCUUCCCGAGGGGUUUCGGCGGUGGGUUGAGUGGCCGGGGGUUGUUGUGUCGAACUAGGUUUUGUGAUUCUAUUGAUACCUUGAAAAGUUGCUAUGGACAGGCUCUAAGCAAUUCAAGAUCUUCAUAUUAUUGCCUGCUUGAGAAAAUACCCAUUAAUCUUUCUUUGCUCUAACCCCAGUACUCCUUACUUAUUGAAACCAUCCAUGAAUUCCACCCCAAGCAGCUAUAACCAGACACGGAACAAAAGAAAGAAGAAACAAACGCACACAUAACACCCACAGCAGACAACCCGGUAGCUCUCAUAGAAUUAGGCAGCCCAUCUACUUGCCCAACAUCUCCAACCCCUCCUGCGCAACC